GUAGGGGACCUACUGAAUCUGAUAAAGGGUGUCCAUAAAAAAAUAUGCAGUUCACAUCAUACUCCAUAGUGAAAUAUUAGGUUUCCCUUUAAAAUUCAGAACAAAGUGAAGAUGUCAGCUCUCGCCAUUUUUAGUUAACCUUAGCAUAAAGAUUGCAAAGGAAGAAGUAAGCCUGAAUGUACUUGCAGGUAAAAUGAUUGUUUAUGUGUACGUUUCUAAAGCAUGUAGUUUAAAACUACUAGAAUUAAUAAAGAAAUUAAGGAUGGCGGGUGCUCCCGAAUCGAUGAGGAAAGCCGCUGUCCCCGGCAGAUCCUCCCGGCCGGGGCGCCUCCAUCACCCUGCCUGCGCCUCGGCACGCUGGCAAGGAGCCCGGGAAGAGACGCCGGGAGCGACUUAUGAAAAUAUGCAUCCGUUUAAUACUGUCUUGGAAUUCAUGAGAUGGAAGCAUAGUUCAAAGCUGUUUGGAGAAAAUCGGAAGUACAGUUUUAUCUAGCCACAUCUUGGAGGAGUCCUAAGAAAGCAGUGGGAGUUGAAGUCAUUGUCAAGUGCUUGCUAUCUUUUACAAGAAAAUCUCACUGAAUGAUAGUCAUUUAAAUUGAUGAAGUAGCAAGACCAAUUAUUAAAGGUGACAGUACACAGGAAACACUACAAUUGAACAAUGACUCAGCUAUACAUUUACAUCAGAUUAUUGGGAGCCUAUUUGUUCAUCAUUUCUCGUGUUCAAGGACAGAAUCUGGAUAGUAUGCUCCACGGCACUGGGAUGAAAUCAGACUCCGACCAGAAAAAGUCAGAAAAUGGAGUAACCUUAGCACCAGAGGAUACCUUGCCUUUUUUAAAGUGCUACUGCUCAGGGCACUGCCCAGAUGAUGCUAUUAAUAACACAUGCUUAACUAACGGACAUUGCUUUGCCAUCAUAGAAGAUGACCAGGGAGAAACCACAUUAGCUUUAGGGUGUAUGAAAUAUGAAGGAUCUGAUUUUCAGUGCAAAGAUUCUCCAAAAGCCCAGCUAAGCCGGACAAUAGAAUGUUGUCGGACCAAUUUAUGUAACCAGUAUUUGCAACCCACACUGCCCCAUGUUGUCGUAGGUCCGUUUUUUGAUGGCAGCAUUCGAUGGCUGGUUUUGCUCAUUUCUAUGGCUGUCUGCAUAAUUGCUAUGAUCAUCUUCUCCAGCUGCUUUUGUUACAAACAUUAUUACAAGAGCAUCUCAAGCAGACGUCGUUACAAUCGUGAUUUGGAACAGGAUGAAGCAUUUAUUCCAGUUGGAGAAUCACUAAAAGACCUUAUUGACCAGUCACAAAGUUCUGGUAGUGGGUCUGGACUACCUUUAUUGGUUCAGCGAACUAUUGCCAAACAGAUUCAGAUGGUCCGGCAAGUUGGUAAAGGCCGAUAUGGAGAAGUAUGGAUGGGCAAAUGGCAUGGCGAAAAAGUGGCGGUGAAAGUAUUCUUUACCACUGAAGAAGCCAGCUGGUUUCGAGAAACAGAAAUCUACCAAACUGUGCUAAUGCGCCAUGAAAACAUACUUGGUUUCAUAGCGGCAGAUAUUAAAGGUACAGGUUCCUGGACUCAGCUCUAUUUGAUUACUGAUUACCAUGAAAAUGGAUCUCUCUAUGACUUCCUGAAAUGUGCUACACUGGACACCAGAGCCCUGCUUAAAUUGGCUUAUUCAGCUGCCUGUGGUCUGUGCCACCUGCACACAGAAAUUUAUGGCACCCAAGGAAAGCCCGCAAUUGCUCAUCGAGACCUAAAGAGCAAAAACAUCCUCAUCAAGAAAAAUGGGAGUUGCUGCAUUGCUGACCUGGGCCUUGUUGUUAAAUUCAACAGUGACACAAAUGAAGUUGAUGUGCCCUUGAAUACCAGGGUGGGCACCAAACGCUACAUGGCUCCAGAAGUGCUGGACGAAAGCCUGAACAAAAACCACUUCCAGCCCUACAUCAUAGCUGAUAUCUACAGCUUCGGCCUAAUCAUUUGGGAGAUGGCUCGUCGUUGUAUCACAGGAGGGAUCAUGGAAGAGCACCAAUUGCCAUAUUAUAACAUGGUACCGAGUGAUCCGUCAUACGAAGAUAUGCGUGAGGUUGUGUGUGUCAAACGUUUGCGGCCAAUUGUGUCUAAUCGGUGGAACAGUGAUGAAUGUCUACGAGCAGUUUUGAAGCUAAUGUCAGAAUGCUGGGCCCACAAUCCAGCCUCCAGACUCACAGCGUUGAGAAUUAAGAAGACGCUUGCCAAGAUGGUUGAAUCCCAAGAUGUAAAAAUCUGACCAUUAAACCAUCGGAGGAGAAACUCUAGACUGCAAGAACUGUUUUUACCCAUGGCAUGGGUGGAAUUAGAGUGGAAUAAGGAUGUUAACUUGGUUCUCAGACUCUUUCUUCACUACGUGUUCACAGGCUGCUAAUAUUAAACCUUUCAGUACUCUUAUUAGGAUACAAGCUGGGAACUUCUAAACACUUCAUUCUUUAUAUAUGGACAGCUUUAUUUCAAAUGUGGUUUUUGAUGCCUUUUUUUAAAUGGAUUUUUAUGAACUGCAUCAAGACUUCAAUCUUGAUUAGUGUCUCCAGUCAAGCUCUGGGUACUGAAUUGCCUGUUCAUAAAACGGUGCUUUCUGUGAAAGCCUUAAGAAGAUAAAUGAGUGCAGCAGAGAUGGAGAAAUAGACUUUGCCUUUUACCUGAGACAUUCAGUUCGUUUGUAUUCUACCUUUGUAAAACAGCCUAUAGAUGAUGAUGUGUUUGGGAUACUGCUUAGUUUAUGAUAGUUUGUCCUGCCUCCUUAGUGAUGUGUGUGUGUCUCCAUGCACAUUCACGCCAGGAUUCCUCUGCUGCCAUUUGAAUUAGAAGAAAAUAAUUUAUAUGCAUGCACAGGAAGAUAUUGGUGGCUGGUGGUUUUGUGCUUUAAAAAUGCAAUAUCUGACCAAGAUUCGCCAAUCUCAUACAAGCCAUUUACUUUGCAAGUGAGAUAGCUUCCCCACCAGCUUUAUUUUUUAACAUGAAAGCUGAUGCCAAGGCCAAAAGAAGUUUAAAGCAUCUGUAAAUUUGGACUGUUUUCCUUCAACCACCAUUUUUUUUGUGGUUAUUAUUUUUGUCACAGAAAGCAUCCUCUCCAAAGGUGGAGCUUCUAUUGCCAUGAACCAUGCUUACAAAGAAAGCACUUCUUAUUGAAGUGAAUUCCUGCAUUUGAUAGCAAUGUAAGUGCCUAUAACCAUGUUCUGUAUUCUUAUUCUCAGUAACUUUUAAAAGGGAAGUUAUUUAAAAAAAAAAAAAGAAAUUAAGGAUGGCUAUAGGGCAUAAAGUCAAUAUUCAAAAUUCUUUAACAAUUACAUUAAAUAAAUGGAAAAUUAUUUAAAAAAAUUUUUUACAGUCAUGCAAAGCAAAAUUCUAAAGAUUAAUUUAACAAAAGACAUGCAAGAUCUUUGUACUGGAACACUGACAUGAAUAAAGAAGAUAGAAAUAAAUGGAGAGAUAUGCUAUGUUCAUUGGUUAAAUGUUUCAAUAUUAUUAUGAUGUUAUUUUCCUCAAUACUUGUUUGCUUUUAAAGUUUAAUUUCCUUUAUGACAAAAUUGUAUAUAUUUAUCAUGUGUGACAUGAUAUUUUGAAUAUCAUUGUACAUAUAUAUUAUAUAUAUACAAAUUGUGAAAUGGUUAUAUCAAACUAAUUAACAUAUUACCUAACAUAAUUAUCAAUUUUUUUGGUGAGAACACUUAAAAUCUACUCUCAGCAUUUUUCAAGAGUAAAUACAUUGUUAUUAACUACAGUCACCAUGCUGUAUAAUAAAUAUCUUCAAUGUAUUCCUAUUAUCUAACUGAAAUUUUAUAUUCUUUGACCAACAUCUCCUCAAGCUCCAUUUUCCAUAUUUGUAUAUAGAGUCUAAGCAAUAAUCCUAAUAUUUUCUGUAAUUGACAAGUUGAUUCUAAAAUUGUAUAGAAACACACACAAAAAAGCCCCUACUAUAGACAAAAUAAUCUGGAAAAUAAAAAAUAGUUGGUACAUUAUAUUACCUAAAUUCUAGACUUAUUAAAGCAAUGAAGACAGUAUGGUAUUAGCACACAGAGGGAAAAAUAGAUGCUAGGAAAAAUAGAUAACUGAGGUUCUAGAAAUUGAUCCAUGUAAUAUGAUCAAUUGAUUUUUCAACAAAUGGUGCUAGAACUUCAGGUUAACCAUAUAAAUCUGGUUACUUAUUCACACCACACACAAACAUUUACUUGAUAUGGGUAAUAGCUCUAUAAGUUAAAAUUUUGGUUUUUAGGAUAAAAAAAUAUUUAGACUUUGAACAUCUACUUCGUAAGAGAAGAUAUAGGAACGGUCAAUAAGCCCUUACGAUUAAAAUUAAAUCCAUAAUCAGAUGCCAUUUCACACCCACUAGAUGACUAAAAUCCAGAAAGAUAGUCAACAUCAAAUAUUAGAGAUGAUAUAGAACGACUGAAACUCAUAUAACUUUUUGGUGAACAUUUUAUACAUUAUUACUAAUUUGGCAAAAUGUUGACGGUUUCUUAUAAAGUUAAGCAUCUACCUAUCCUAUGAAAAAAGCAUUCUAUUCCUAAGUAUUUACACAAGGUAAAUAAAAAUAUGACUAUAAAAUAACUAGUAUAAAAUUAUUUGUAGAAGCUAAGCUAAAACUGGAAAUGAUCCUAAUUUCUAUCAACAGGAGAAUGCAUUUAAAAUUUUGAUAUGUUCAUGCAGAGAAAUACUACUCAGCAAUUUCUUUCAAAAGGAAAAGAACUACUGAUGCACAAACAACAUGGAUAAAUCUUAACAUAUUAUGUCGAGUGAAAAAAGACUGACUAGUAUGUACUGUAUGAUUUCAUUUUUAUGAAAUUCUCUAAGAGGCACAACUAAUUUAUGUUCUAAAAAUCAGAACAGAGUUUGCCUCGGGGUCCACUCCUUGACUGGAAGGAGCCAUGAUAAAACUUUCUGGAGUGAUGGAAAAGUUUUAUCUUACAUCCUCAAAGAUUUAGGUCAGUUCCAACUACGAAAUGUUCCUACUUACCUUUUAAUUUGAAGUUCAACUGUUUACAGAAGCUUUCAAAAUUAUUAUUUUUUUGUAUAAAACAUUUU